ACCGCAUGCUUCUCUCUUUGCUUCUUUACAGAAACUGGAGUGGACAUCCACAAACGGAGCUCUCUCUCUACAAUAACAGUCUUUCAGAAGACAAUCCCUAUGAUCUGCAUCACGGAAUAAUUCACCCACACCGACGAAACCGCAUGUCACAAAUAUGAAGCAUAAAUAAUGUUUAAUAAUUGCUCGGAUGGAAGAUCUUUUCAGUCUUUCUCUAAUAACUUGGAGGAUUUCGAUUCCAUACGGAGUGUGCUUCUUUACAGUGACCUGGAGCCGGAAUGGCUGGAUGACGUCCAGAAGAACGGUGAACUCUUCUAUCUGGAGUUGAGCGAGGGAGAAGAAGAAGCCCUUCUCGCCCAGGUCUCUGCAAGUCACUCCGCUGCCACCAAUCACGUCCGCUUCAGCGAAAAGGAGGCGGAAAUCAUCACAGACAAUGGCAAAAAGCAAGCGGCCUCCGGCAGCAAAACCGAAGCAAAACUCAAGAAGCUCACCAAGAUCCUGAGGCGAAAGCGGCGACCGUCUCAAAGGAAAGCCUCCGAUGGGAAAGACGCAGGCCCUUCUCAGCGUCCCACCUCUAUUUUGAAGAAUCAAGCGGGCCAGCGGACUGGAGUCGUGGUCCAGCAGCAGCGUCUGAAGGACGUGUGUGUGUAUCUGAACCCCAAACGUCUCGGCGGUUCCUCGUCUCCGUCUCCUGAGAGAGGCGGUUUGUUAGAGGCCUUGUUGGGCGUCGUUCACCGUCCUGGAGGAAAUGCAGGGAAAAAAGGGGGAAAACUCAUCAUCCAUGGUCUGGUCCCUCACAGUCCCGCUAGCAAGUGUGCCGAAAUUCUUAUCGGUGACGCUCUGGUUGCUGUGGACGAUGUGGAUGUUACUUCAGAAAACAUUGAGAGGGUUUUGUCAUGUAUACCGGGCCCCACACAGGUGAGACUGACUCUGGAGACGGCGUGUCCCGUCGGGAUGGCUCCGGACCCGAGGGCUAAAGCGGCUCCUGCGGUCAGUCAGCUGGUUCGGCUGCUGUGGGGCGAGGACACCGUCGAGCUCCAGAUGUCCAUCGCACACGUCCCGCACAUAGUCAUGUACCUCUCGCUCAAACUGGACUCUGAUUCGCCGCAAGACGAGCAGGAGAUUUUGUACCAGUAUCCGGCGUCUGAUGCUGCGGUUCAGCUGAAAGCAGUGAGAGGCAUUUUCCUGACGCUCUGUGACAUGCUGGAGAACGUCACGGGAGGACAGAUAGUCAGCUCAUCUCUGUGGCUCGGGCAGCAGCUGGUUCAUGUGGGCUACUGGAAGGAAGGAUCCAAUCUGCUGGUGUUGGCUGUACCUGCCAGCAGGGUUCCUCUGCUGUAUUUGCAGACUGUGAUCGAGGGAGUUGUCCGAACGCUCAAGGUCAUGUUCGGCUCUCUCGACAGCUGCUUCUGUGAGGAGGAGAACGGUCCUCGUCUGGAUCACUUCUUCUGCCUCUUCUUCCAGCAGCUCAUCCAGCCGUCUCGUUUGAUCGACGGCUCCAGGCCGCCCAGCCCUGACGUCUCUGGGAGCCUGUUCUUAGACGGCCUGCCCGCCGUGCGCUGGCUCACUUUACCAGCAGACAUAAAGGUGGAAGUGGAUACUGUGCUCUCAGACUUCGAGUCGUCGGAUUUUGGCGACAUGUCUGAGGACUUCUAUGGCAUGAGGCGUCUCUACGUCAUUCUGGGCUCCUGUCUGUUUUAUAAGGGCUAUCUCAUAGCGAACCACCUGCCCAGAGAAGACCUGCUGGACGUGUGUCUGUACUGUCAGCACUACUGUCUGCUGCCGCUGGCGUCCGAGCAGCGCGUGGGUCAGCUGGUGGUCUGGAGGGAGGUGUUUCCUCAGAGGAGAACCGGCUCCGCAGCGCAUCCUGGAUACGGCCAGCCGCGCGGGCGACACUUCCUGCUCAUUGUGGGCCUGAGGCACUUCAUGCAGUGUGUGUUGCUGGAGGCCGGUGGCUGUGCUUCGGCCGCUCGGGGUUCCCCGGGGCCCGACUGCGUUUAUGUGGAUCAGGUCAAAGCCACGCUCCUGCAGCUGGAGAGUCUGGACACCGCUAUAGAGGAGCGUCUCGCGGCCCCGCCCGCUCCCUGCCUCUCCUGCGCCGAUUGGUUCCUUCCGGCCGGUGGGCGGGACCGACAGGACGGCUUGGGCAGCUCGCCGAUCCUCAGCCGCCUGACGGCAGCCAUCAAGCCCCCGUCUCCGGGCGGGAUGGGGCGGAGCCUGUUCGGGGAGGCGGGGCCAGGCUUGAGCCUGAGGGGACGGAGGCCGAGUCCUCAGAGGAGUCUGUCUGACAGCGGCAGCGAGGGUCCGGCCGACGGGACGCCCUCCUUCACCUCGGGUCUGAGUCCUCGCGCCACACCGGACGCGGUGCGCCGGACGCCCUCCGGUGGCGCUCGCAGAGACUCGCUCGGCUCGGGAGGCUCAGACGGCAGCCUGGGAAGUGCAGGAUUUUUCAAGAUUCCCAGGUUAAAGCAUCCUAACCCUUUCUAUCUGGGCUCUCUGAGGAAGAGUCUGACCGACAGAGAGACUGAGGAGAUGCACAACGUCCUCAAGCUGACGGCCGGUGCUGAGAACACUCUGUUUCAUUACGUGCUGAUGGAGACGGUGCAGGGUAUCUUCAUCGCUCCCACACACAGAGAAGUGAAUCACCUGAGCGGCUCCAUCCACCCGCAGCUCAUCCAGAACUUCUACCACUGCUGUCUGUCCAUCCGCCAGGCCUUCCAGCAGAGCCCGCCCUCUCGAGAGCGCAGAGGCUCGGAGCGGCCGCAGAGCACUCGAGGCCUGGGUCCGGUCAAAGAACACGGCGUUCUGUUUCAGUGCAAGCCGGAGAACUGGACCGAUCAGAAGAAACCGGCGCCCACCAUGACCUACUGGGUUAUAGGGUACGUGCUCUGGCCGUCGGGAGCUUCUUUAACGCCCCGGAGCCUCAACGGUGUGACGUUUUCUCCCCUCUGCUCCAGGCGGAUGCUUCUCGAGCCCGUUCCUCAAGAGUUUUACGUGUGCUUCCACGACUCCGUGGCCGAGGUCCCCGUGGAGAUGGCUUUCCGGCUGUCGUUCGGCUUGGCCGUGUAGCGCCGGUCCGCCGAAGACCCCGACGGAGCCAACGGUCAAAGCGUAUGUAGAUGUCACCUGAGAUGUAGAGAUGAGUCGAAUGGGUGCCGUCAAAACAUCUCGAUGAUCCACCAGUCAGUGACUCGAGACAGAAACGUGUCUGAAAGCGAAAACGCUCCAAAGCUGAACUAAACAGAUGCCUGUGCUGAAUAUUGGUAUGUAGAUUUUUGUCAGAAGCGUCAGUUAAUAACAUCUUGUUUCUUGCAAACAUGCAGCUUGGUUGGUUUGAUUGCCGCGAUGUUUUUAUCAGCUCUCAUUCUGACGGCACCCAUUCACCUCUGAGCAAAUGAGGCUGAAGUUCUCCGAACCAGACUCCUCUUCAUCUCGGAUGGCGCAUUUCAUGCAGACUUUCAUUUCUGGUUUAAGCAUUCCUUUAAGAUAAAACCACCACCCUCGUCUUACUCAGAUGUUGUCUGUAGCAAUGAGCUAACGAAGCAGCAGAUGAACGGGACGAUAAAAGACCUCACACCACGACGAGCUCAAGCUACAGAUUCAUGAACGCUCUCCGCAGAGAAACCCCGCUCAUGACGUGCUUUCACUCGACCUUUCCUUGCUGGAUCAAGUGAAAUGAUGUUUUCUAAACCAAAGCCUUAACGACACUUUUGAAGUUUGUGAUAUGAAAAUAGUUUUGUAUUUUAUCGAAGGUGUUGAAGUUAAAAGUUUGCAAUGCAUCGUUCAUCCGUUUAUUAAAUAAAUGAAGGCAGAUUUA